AGGCCUGUGGGUCCCACCCCAGAGCCCUUCUCCUAGACCAAGAGCCCCAAGGUGGGCUUCGCUCCAGGUGCACCUGUGUGGGCUCAGGGCACCCUGCGUCCACAGUUAGCACAGGUCCAGGGGUCCGUCAGGAGAGGCCCCAGGCUGGGGGCCAGCUGCCUGCUGAGGCCUCACUGGGGACACUCCCCACCGGCCAUGGGGAGCUAAAAUUGGAAAGUGGCGAGUGGGAGGCAGCUGACACAGCUAUUUUGUGCUCUCUCUUCAUCCGCUCCGGUUUCACUCUCCUGCUCCACUAACCUGAUCCUAUGCUUCCCUCCCCCACCCUACUGAUGAAGAGGUGUCUCAGCCCUCAAGCCACAGUGCGGAGGCUGGCCAGGAGGGUCAGGGCCUGAGGCGAGCAGGGCCGGCAGUGGUCUGGUCUGAGCCAGGACUCAGGAGGGGCUCACCGAGAGCACCUGCCCUUUAGAGAAGCUGGCUGGACGGCUUCACUGGGUCCCUGCCCCUUUCUGGCCCACACCCUGUGUCUGUAUAACAAGUUGUGGGCUCUCAGAGGCCCUGAUUGCAGGGCCAAGGAAGAUCAUGGGUUGGGGAGACGGAGUGACUCUAGCCAUCUCCAAAAGGGCAUUACAUUGUGUUCCUCUUUCACUCAGUUCCAGGUCUGAACCUGCACAAGCACUGGGCAGAAGGUCCAAGAGGGUGGGAGGGCCUUAGGGAGUGGCCCAGGCCCCAGGGAUGGCCCAGCAAGGUAGCAGGAGGACUAGACUCAUCCUGGGCACCCGAUACUGGUCAGCACCUUGGACAGCAGCCAGCACCCUCCCAGUUCCUGCCUGACCCUGCCUGGCCUAGCUCGGGCUUCUCCAGGUUCUCAAAUAGCACAGCCUCCAGCCAGCAGCCAGCAAGACUACACAGCACUUCAGGAGGGACAGUGGGUGAACACAGGCAGAGAUCCGGGAUAAGACAAACUACCGGUCAGGGGCUUGGUGGAGGAAUGGGGUCACGCAGAGCCUGGAGCUGAGGCUGGAGGUCUGGAAGUCACAGGAUCUCAGGAAGAAGGGACUUUGUGGGCAGGGCUUUGCUGGGGCUAAGGGAGGCUCACCGAGAGAUGAGAAAACUGGCUGGUGGACUAGAGACAGGGUCUCCCCGCUGGGAAAGACCCCCAAGGUCGGGGAGGAGCAGUUUUGGACAAGUCCAUCAGAGAGUCCUGUCCAGGCCAUGGGCAUCAAGACAGCACUGCCUGCAGCUGAGCUCGGCCUCUACUCCCUGGUGCUGAGCGGGUCCCUGGCUUAUGCUGGCCGAGGUCUCCUGGAGGCAUCGCAAGAUGGGGCCCACAGGAAGGCCUUCCGGGAGUCUGUGCGACCUGGCUGGGAGUACCUGGGCCGGAAGAUGGAUGUGGCUGACUUCGAGUGGGUGAUGUGGUUCACCAACUUCCGAAACAUCAUUGUCUUUGCCCUCUCGGGACACGUGCUGUUUGCCAAACUCUGCACAAUGGUGGCCCCCCAGCUCCGCUCCUGGAUGUAUGCUGUGUACGGAGUCCUGGCUGUGGUGGGCACAAUGGGCCCAUGGUACCUGUUGCUACUUCUCGGCCACUGUGUGGGCCUCUAUGUGGCCUCACUCUUGGGCCAGCCCUGGCUGUGCCUUGCCCUUGGUCUGGCCAGCCUGGCCUCCUUCAAGAUGGACCCCCUGAUCUCUUGGCAGAGUGGGUUUGUAACAGGCACCUUUGAUCUUCAAGACGUUCUGUUCCACGGGGGCAGCGGCUUCACGGUGCUUCGUUGCACCAGCUUCGCGCUGGAGAGCUGUGCCCACCCUGACCGCCGCUACUCCCUUGCUGACCUGCUCAAGUACAAUUUCUACCUGCCCUUCUUCUUCUUUGGGCCCAUCAUGACCUUCGACCGCUUCCAUGCUCAGGUGAGCCAGGAACCAGUGAGGCCAGAAGGGGAACUAUGGCGCAUCCAGGCCCAGGCAGGACUCAGCGCGGCAGCCAUCGUGGCUGUGGACAUCUUCUUCCACUUCUUCUACAUCCUCACCAUUCCCAGCGACCUUAAGUUUGCCAGCCGCCUCCCAGACAGUGCUCUUGCUGGCCUGGCCUACUCAAACCUGGUGUAUGACUGGGUGAAGGCAGCGGUCCUCUUUGGUGUUGUCAACACUGUGGCACGCCUGGACCACCUGGACCCUCCUCAGCCUCCUAAGUGCAUCACUGCACUCUAUGUCUUCGGGGAAACGCACUUCGACCGUGGCAUCAAUGACUGGCUUUGCAAAUAUGUGUAUGACCACAUUGGUGGGGAUCAUUCCGCUGUGAUCCCAGAGCUGGCUGCCUCCGUGGCCACGUUUGUCGUCACCACUCUGUGGCUUGGGCCUUGUGACAUCGUCUACCUGUGGUCUGUCCUUAACUGCUUUGGCCUCAAUUUUGAGCUCUGGGUGCAGAAGCUGGCAGAGUGCGGGCCGCUGGCACAAAUCGAGCAGGCCCGGCUAUCAGAGCAGAUGUCUCGGAGGGUCCGGGCCCUCUGCGGGGCUGUAAACUUCUGGGCUAUCAUCAUGUACAAUCUUGUGAGUCUCAACAGCCUUGAGUUCACAGAGCUGGUGGCCCGACGCCUCAUACUUACAGGUAAGGGACAGGGCGAGAGGAUACGGCACGUGCCCAAUCUCACACGAGGACAGGAACCUCUGGUCUACCCAACACGCACACAACACCCUAGCACCCAAGGGACCCAGCAGGGGUUUGGGAUAGGAUGCAGAGUCUCCUGGAUGGGAGGCUUCAGGGGGCGUGGCUCCUCCUCCAACAGGCUUCCCCCAGACCACACUGGCCAUCUUGUUUGUUACCUACUGUGGUGUCCAGCUGGUAAAGGAGCGUGAGCGAACCUUGGCUUUGGAGGAAGAGCAGAGGAAGGACAAAGAGAAGCUGGAGUAGGGGUUGGGGGCAGAGGACUGGGCUCUGCUCAGCUGCGUCUGGGCCCCAGGCCCAGGCUAUGGGGCCUGACCAACAGAAUAAAAGACUUUUCUAUCAUGGUA